AUGGGUUUCAAAACUGCUAUUUUCUUUUUGGUGGUUGUUGCUUCUACAGCAAUUAAUGCUCUGGGAGCUGUGGAUAUUGACGCAAGUUGUACCAAUGGCUUUCCGAAUUACCGUUUCUAUCCUUAUGAUUGCCGGAAGUACUUGGGUUGCUUGAGCGGAGAAACGAAAAUUUAUUCCUGUCCCACGAGUUUAUAUUGGAACGAAGAAAUUAAAGCUUGCGAUGUUGAAGAGAAAACUGAUUGUUCUCACAUAAUUCCAUACCCAGUGCCAGAUUGUCUUAAUGCCACCGAAAGAUACUACGACUAUCCAUACGAUUGUGCUAAAUUUUAUGAAUGUUUCGGAAAGAAAGCAUAUCUGUUAAAUUGUCCCUCUAACUCUUUGUGGAACGACAAAAUUAAAGAAUGUGAUGAUCACGAUAAAGUCGAUUGCUCUAGGGUAAUUCCAUUCCCACCGACAACUACGACUACUGCAAAGCCUACCACUCCAAAACCUACCACUCCAAAACCUACCACUCCAAAACCUACCACUCCGAAACCUACCACUCCAAAACCUACCCACGCACCCUAUACCACACCGAAAAUAGAAUGCACUACGAAAAGGGAAUACUAUCCAUACCCAUACGAUUGUCAGAAGUAUUACGAAUGCUCUAAUGGGAAAGCGGUUCUAAUGAGUUGCCCUGGAGUCUUGGACUGGAAUGACAAGAUUAAAACGUGCGAUCAGCCUGAAAAUGUUGAUUGCAGUUGCAAAAUUGCUAUUUUCUUUUUGGUGGUUGUUGCUUCUACAGCAAUUAAUGCGCUGGGAGGUUUGAAUAUUGACCCAGAGUGUGUCAAUGGCUUUCCGAAUUACCGUUUCUAUCCUUAUGAUUGCCGGAAGUUCUUGGGUUGCUUGAGCGGAGAAACGAAAAUUUAUUCCUGUCCCACGGGUUUAUAUUGGAACGAAGAAAUUAAAGCUUGCGAUGUUGAAGAGAAAACUGAUUGUUCUCACAUAAUUCCAUACCCAGUGCCAGAUUGUCGUACUGCCACCGAAAGAUACUACUACUAUCCAUACGAUUGUGCUAAAUUUUGGGAAUGUUACGAAAAUAAAGCAUAUCUGUUAAAUUGUCCCGCUGACUCUUUGUGGAACGACGGAAUUAAAGAAUGUGAUGAUCACGAUAAAGUCGAUUGCUGUAACUGGGAUAAUUCCAUACCCACCAACACCUACGUCUCCAAGACCUACCACUCCAAAACCAACCACUCCAAAACCUACCACUCCGAAACCUACCACUCCAAAACCAACCACUCCAAAACCUACCACUCCAAAACCAACCACUCCAAAACCUACCACUCCGAAACCUACCACUCCAAAACCUACCACUCCGAAACCUACCACUCCAAAACCAACCACUCCAAAACCUACCACUCCGAAACCUACCACUCCGAAACCUACCACUCCAAAACCUACCCACCCACCCUAUACCACACCGAAAAUAGAAUGCACUACGGCAAGGGAAUACUAUCCAUAUCCAUACGAUUGUCAGAAGUCAUAUUAUACCAACUGGAUUUGGACAAGGUCUACCUAUGA